AAACGCAGAUGAUAAAAUUCAAUAAUGCAAUUAUUAAAAAAACUGUCUCUUCUUUUUCUUUUUUCUUGUCUUUUUCAGCGAUUCAUUCUUGAAGAUAAAGAAAGUAAAUCUUUGUUUUUUCUAUCGACUCUUCCCAUUCUUACGUUUAUUUCCGCAAGAGGAAAAAAACCGUAAAUUUCAAUGGUGGUGUCAUCAACGUUUGAAUCCUCUUUACGAAGAGGGAAUCCGACCUCGAGAAAGGCUGCACCGUCAUCGUCGGAAUCUUCGAAAAGCGCUGCGGCAGCUCCUCCUCGUAGAUCCAGAAGUGUAAGUGCCUUUUCAAGAACCUCUAGUUCUGACUUCUCCGGAUUCUCCAUUAAGCGAGACAACCCUCUCUUUGUCAACACCACCAACCACAAUAACAGCAACAGCACUAGUAACGACGAAGACGACGACGAUAGCGGAGCUUUGUUCCCAAAUUCCGGCUUUAAAUCCGACCGAAUCACUUCCAAAACGAAGCCCAAAGCUGUUGCUGCCGGCGAUUAUAAUAAUAGGAGAGGCAGACCUGUUUCCAGAACUGGCUCCGAUGGAAAACAAUGGUCGGGUUCGGGGAAUAGCAUUAGCAAGGAGUCGUCUCGGAGCUUGUCCGUUGUGGAUACAAGGAGACGUGGGCGCUCCGUCUCCCGCACCCCGCUUUCAAGAACCAAUGUCGCUACUUCUGAGAGUGAGGUGGAGCAAGAAGGUAAUUCCUGGAUGAAAUCCAAGAACAAAGGUAAUCUAAGUGCUACUUCGGGUAAUGGUCAAAAGGGUAAUUCAGCUCAAAGCAGAUCUAGUUUGACACGGUCAGGUCAUCGGAAGCCUACUGAUCCUUUGGACGCUUCUCCUACAAGUUUGUCCCGUUUAGAAACUGCAAAAUGGAAUGAUUCGGUCUCGACGAGUUCUUUUUCAGAAGCUGAACUGAUGGAGUCAUUCCAAGGGGAGAAUUUGGUCGGAGAUGCUACUGCUGCUAGUGACAUAUACAGAACUGUUAAAUCCGAAGUGAGGCGGGCUAUUUCCGAUAUCCAAAAUGAGCUUCAGGGUGCUAUCAGGAGUAAUGCAACCACCAAUAGGGUUGAGCUAGCUUCAGACAUACAGCAUGAAUAUGCUACAAAGCUCGAGCAGUCCCAAGAACGUGCUAGACAACUUCGAGCUGACCUAGCUGUAGAGGAACACCGGGGCAUGGAGCUUAGUAGGAUUCUGAAGGAAGUGCUUCCAGAUGCAAAGACUCCUAGCACAAAGAAAUCUCAUCCACGUAGAAAAACUAGUAUUGAGAGAAGGAAGAUAUCAAAAUGCCUGACAGAUGAUGCCCUUGCCUAUUUCGAUGAGUGUGUAUCACUAUCAACAUUUGACGGCUCUGACUUCUCAUCAAUAGAAGAUCCACCACUCAAAUGCGUGGGCACUGUUGAUGUUGAUGGAGUAUCGUUGCCUCAUGCAAAUUCAAGCAUUCCGUCCACCAAUUUCCCUAGCAGUUAUCUCCAUGAUAAACAGGAAGGUCCAUUCACAUACAACCAUGAUGUUUCGGGUUUAACCAGCGGUGACGGCAUCAUGGAGCAGAACAGUAUCGAUUGCGAAUGGAAUCGGAAAUUCCAGUUUUCCUUUUCUCCCAAACCAGGUUCACUAUGCGAGCUCCAACAAGACAUUAAAAAGUACGUCAAAGGUUUCGAGAAAGAUACCGGGAAGAUUGAUGUUGAUUCACGGAUUAAACAAAGAAAUAGUUAUGAUCGGGAAGAAUAUAAUUUGCUGGGAUCACAACAAAGCUUGUUGUUUGAUCAUGUGUUCCUCAAAAACAGGUUAGAUACUGGAAGUUUGCAUCUCUGCAACGGUGGAUGUUUUUCAGCUUCAUUUUUGCCUUUUGCUUCUUUAAUCUAAACCUAAGGGCUUUAAGCAUAAUAAAUAUAAUAUUAUACAA